GAGCUGGCUGUGGGUGUGUGUAACCCUGUAACCAAUGAGUUUUUCAGCAGUUACAUGUUUACACAGUUACCUGAAUUUUAACAUCUCUAGUGCAAACAUAUUUUGAGGAAGGUUGUUGCCAUUGUUGAGAAAUAUUGCUUUGUUUACAUAUACACACUUUAAUCUAUACACAGUUCAUUUCUAUUUGAGUAUUUAACUUGAAGUCUUUGUUUUACAUGACUUGAUUCAUAUGUAUCUUAUUUAAUUUGUGCACUGUCAAUGAACAGUAGGAUUUUUCCCUUGCAAUAACGUUUGGCGUAUAAUCUUCAACUCUUAAUAGUCCAGGAGUUAAUUUCACAAUACUUAACUUCUUUGAGGCCUCUGAUUUGACUGCGAGGUUGUGUGGUAUCAAACAUUCCCAUUUAGGUAAUGUGUGGGCAAAAAACUCUGCUGGAAUUUUUGUACAUGUGUUAGAAUUUUUAUUAAAAGUAAAUGUAUCAAAAGUAAAUUUAAAAAGUAUAUUUAGAUUAUGCUUUUUUAGAGUCAAUAUUCAAUAUUUUGAUAGUGGUAUAAAAUACAAGCACAAGAGAACAUCAUAAAAGUUAAAAGGCAACACAUUUAAAACUGGUCAAAGGUAAUGCUGUAAUCUGUCAUUGUGGUAAAAACCUUAGUAAGAGUCAAACAUGAAUUAAACAUUUAUAUGAAUAAUACCUGCAGAUAUCCUAUUUUAAGCCUCAUCUACACAACAGUCGAACCAAUUUUGAUUAAAUCAGUGGAGUCCCCUUGUGUGAACACUUGUAAAUUAGUUGCUUAAAUCAGUUCCUUAACAACUGCAGUUGACAGAAGGGAAAUCAGUUCUUCUGUUUCAGCAUAUAAACCAUCCAUUAGCUGCCUAAUAUUAGGAAGAACCUUCCCCCAUAUUCACGCUAGUAACUUAACCCUUAUAGGGUUUUACACUUCCCUUUAAGUCUUCUGGUGUGGGGGGAUUUUAGAGAAAGUAUACUUAACUAGAAAGGUCUUUAAUCUCAUUUGAUAUGAUCAUUCCCCUGAUUCUUAUAAAAAAGUGUAACGGCUAAUAUGAAACCCCCAAAAUCCAUAUUGAUAUGGAUUCAUAUUCACCUGUCUUGAAUUAUUAUUAGCAAUCUUCAACACUCAAAUGAGGUAGGUUGUUGACUACUGAGAAGCAGUAAACAGUAAUUAGGUAAAUGGAAAAAUUGUGUGAGUUCUUUUUAUUAUGAAUGAGUGAUUUCUAGAUGUCCCUUCCACUGCCCCAUCAGUUUGUGCUUCAUUUUAGCAGUUGUUACUACAUCAUAACAUAUUGUCUUGCACACUCUGAGAUUUCAUGGUGAAUGAAAACAUUUCCAUCUUUUAUACACUUGCUAUCUCAUCUUUCACAUUGUACAAUUUCUUUGACAUUCAGGAAGGCAGUGGGUGGAGUGGGUAGCAUAUUCCCUUUCAGAAUAUAAAAAAGGUGAUAGUAUAGAUACAUUUACUGUAAGCCCAGAAGGAUCCACUUUGAUCAUUUCGUCUGACCUCCUCCUGCAUGUUGCAGGCCAGGGAACCUCAUCCACCUACUCCUGUAUUAGGUCAUAACCUCUGGAGAGUUACUGAAGUCCUCAAAACAUGAUUUAAAGACUCCAAUCCAUUUACACUAAUUUAAACUUGCACUUGACCCUGCCUUGCCCAAUGCUACAAAAGGAGAAAAAAACCCAGGGUCUCAGCCAUCCCCAUCUAGUGUCCCAUUGGGGAUAUUUGGUACUGGUAAUCACAGAUGGGCUACAUGCCAUUAUAGGUCACCUCUUUAUACCGUUCCCUUCACACACUUUACAAGAAAGGUAGGGAACCUUUUUUGCAUUGGACCCAAUCUGUUAGGGGCUACACAAAAAAGUGAGAAGCAGAAAGAAAAAGAAAACCCACCAAAAAACAAACCCCCAACCUCCACCCUCAGAGAUAUGGCCCUAUAGGAUGUUAAAUUGCGGUUACCAAGCUAAUCAUAUAAUCAAUACAAUUUGUAUCGACUAAAUGAUUAAUUGAUAGGACUAAUUGAAAUCUAUUGUCUUGCUGAUCCAUUCCAUCUUCCAUGUAGUAUUUUUGGUUUAUAUUAAUAACCUAUAUGAAAUGCUUGCUCCUUCAGUUUGGUAUGCAGUAGUUCCCUACAAAUUUUUCCCCCUUGCUUACAAUGCAGGCUUCCGAUAACUUCUGCUACUUUGACUUAAAGUAAUUUGUAAUUUCCUCCACAUUUAGAUCCAUGAGUUCCUUAAUCCAAUGGAUAUCUAUCACCAAACAUGACAAUGCUGAUUACCCAAGUAAUUAAUAGAGACAAGAACAGUGACAUCACACAGAAGGGAUAUGAAAAGAAGAGAUCAAAAUUAAUUGGGGCAUACCUGCCACAACCUCCAGCAGCGAAUGGAGCUGCCGCGGUACGGUGUAGACUGCAACACAGUGAAGGAGCCGCGAGAAGAAUGCUCCGCACUGCCAACAUUGGGGUCUGUGACAUCCGGGAAGCAGCAGCUAGAGAGCGAGCAGCCAGCACAGCAGCAAACCGGCCCCUCUUUUACUUUCGCUUUGGGGUGGAUCAGGCAUUGCCGCAAGAACGUCGAACUCCUGUUACCCCUUCCUCUUCCUCACGAUAUCAUCGUCGCAGGUCCUCAGGGUCACGGGAUGAACGCUAUAGGUCAGAUGUCCAUACAGAAGCAGUUCAGGCAGCUCUUGCUAAACAUAAAGAAAGGAAGAUGGCAGUCCCCAUGCCAUCAAAACGACGCUCAUUGGUGGUGCAAACUUCGAUGGAUGCUUACACACCUCCCGAUACCUCUUCUGGUUCAGAAGACGAAGGCUCUGUGCAGGGCGAUUCCCAGGGAACUCCCACCUCAAGCCAGGGAAGUAUAAACAUGGAACACUGGAUCAGUCAAGCAAUCCAUGGUUCUACUACAUCUACCACUUCUUCCUCCUCAACACAAAGUGGAGGCAGUGGCGCUGCGCACAGGCUAGCUGAUGUGAUGUCUCAAACACAUAUAGAAAAUCAUUCUGCCCCUCCAGAUGUUACUACUUACACCUCAGAACACUCAAUACAAGUAGAAAGACCACAAGGAUCAACAGCAAGGGUGGCACCAAAAUAUGGCAAUGCUGAACUUAUGGAAACUGGUGAUGGAGUACCAGUGAGCAGCAGAGUGUCAGCAAAGAUUCAACAGCUGGUCAAUACCUUAAAACGACCCAAACGACCACCAUUACGAGAGUUCUUUGUAGAUGACUUUGAGGAAUUGUUAGAAGUUCAACAGCCGGAUCCAAACCAGCCAAAGCCAGAGGGAGCUCAGAUGCUGGCUAUGCGUGGGGAACAAUUGGGUGUAGUUACAAAUUGGCCACCUUCUUUGGAAGCAGCAUUGCAGCGAUGGGGGACCAUUUCGCCAAAAGCUCCUUGCCUAACCACUAUGGACACUAAUGGAAAACCACUUUACAUUCUCACUUACGGCAAGCUUUGGACCAGAAGUAUGAAGGUUGCUUACAAUAUACUGCAUAAAUUAGGCACAAAACAAGAACCAAUGGUGCGACCUGGAGACAGGGUAGCACUUGUAUUUCCAAACAAUGAUCCUGCUGCUUUUAUGGUGGCAUUUUAUGGCUGCCUACUGGCAGAAGUUGUCCCUGUCCCUAUUGAAGUGCCACUUACAAGAAAGGAUGCAGGAAGCCAACAAAUAGGUUUCUUACUUGGAAGCUGUGGCGUUACUGUGGCCUUGACUAGUGAUGCCUGCCAUAAAGGUCUGCCUAAAAGCCCCACGGGGGAGAUACCACAGUUUAAAGGGUGGCCAAAGCUGCUAUGGUUUGUCACAGAAUCUAAACAUCUUUCUAAACCUCCUCGUGACUGGUUCCCACAUAUCAAGGAUGCAAAUAAUGACACUGCUUACAUAGAGUACAAAACAUGUAAAGAUGGAAGUGUGCUUGGGGUGACUGUGACAAGAAUUGCACUGCUGACCCACUGUCAAGCUCUUACACAAGCAUGUGGAUAUACAGAAGCUGAAACAAUUGUGAAUGUACUAGAUUUCAAGAAGGAUGUUGGCUUAUGGCAUGGGAUUCUUACAAGUGUCAUGAACAUGAUGCAUGUUAUCAGUAUCCCAUAUUCCUUAAUGAAAGUGAAUCCACUAUCAUGGAUACAGAAAGUCUGCCAAUACAAAGCAAAAGUCGCUUGUGUAAAAUCCAGGGACAUGCACUGGGCAUUAGUGGCACAUCGAGAUCAAAGAGAUAUCAACCUUUCCUCGUUGCGUAUGCUAAUAGUGGCCGAUGGUGCAAAUCCUUGGUCUAUUUCUUCCUGUGAUGCAUUUCUCAAUGUCUUCCAAAGUAAAGGCCUAAGACAGGAGGUCAUUUGUCCUUGUGCCAGUUCACCAGAAGCUCUCACUGUGGCUAUUCGAAGGCCAACAGACGAUAGCAAUCAGCCUCCAGGGAGGGGAGUUUUGUCCAUGCAUGGUCUCACCUAUGGAGUAAUUAGAGUGGAUUCUGAAGAAAAGCUCUCUGUCCUGACUGUGCAAGAUGUUGGCUUGGUGAUGCCAGGAGCUAUAAUGUGUGCAGUGAAGCCAGAUGGAAUUCCUCAGCUCUGUAGAACAGAUGAAAUAGGCGAACUUUGUGUAUGUGCCAUAGCAACAGGUACAUCAUAUUAUGGACUCUCAGGCAUGACCAAGAACACUUUUGAGGUGUUUCCUAUGACCAGUUCAGGAGCUCCUAUAAGUGAAUACCCUUUUAUAAGGACAGGCUUGCUAGGAUUUAUUGGACCAGGAGGGCUUGUCUUCGUCAUAGGCAAAAUGGACGGUCUAAUGGUGGUCAGUGGAAGAAGACAUAAUGCUGAUGACAUUGUAGCAACAGCCCUGGCUGUGGAACCAAUGAAGUUUGUCUACAGAGGAAGAAUAGCAGUGUUUUCAGUGAGUGUGCUUCAUGAUGAAAGGAUAGUUAUUGUUGCUGAACAAAGGCCAGAUUCCACAGAGGAAGAUAGUUUUCAGUGGAUGAGCAGAGUUCUCCAGGCUAUUGACAGUAUCCAUCAAGUGGGUGUUUACUGCUUAGCUUUGGUACCAGCAAACACGCUCCCGAAGACCCCUUUAGGUGGCAUACACUUAUCAGAAACCAAACAACUUUUUUUGGAAGGCUCAUUGCAUCCCUGUAAUGUAUUGAUGUGCCCACACACCUGUGUAACAAACCUGCCUAAACCCCGACAAAAACAGCCAGAAAUUGGGCCUGCCUCUGUGAUGGUGGGGAACCUGGUCUCUGGAAAAAGAAUUGCUCAGGCUAGUGGCAGAGAUCUGGGACAGAUAGAAGACAAUGAUCAGGCCAGAAAAUUCCUAUUCCUCUCAGAAGUUUUACAGUGGAGAGCUCAAACGACUCCUGACCAUGUGCUUUACACGCUGCUUAAUUGUAGGGGAACAAUAGCCAACUCCCUAACUUGUGCCCAGCUACAUAAACGAGCUGAGAAGAUAGCAGUCAUGCUGGUGGAAAGGGGACAUUUACAAGAUGGAGACCACGUGGCUUUGGUCUAUCCACCAGGAAUUGACCUGAUUGCUGCAUUUUAUGGUUGCCUGUAUGCGGGCUGUGUGCCAAUAACAGUUCGACCUCCGCAUCCACAGAACAUUGCAACAACAUUACCUACAGUGAAAAUGAUUGUGGAGGUGAGUCGCUCUGCCUGUUUAAUGACUACACAAUUAAUAUGUAAAUUGUUACGGUCACGAGAGGCAGCAGCAGCAGUGGAUGUCAGAACGUGGCCUCCUGUACUAGAUACAGAUGACUUGCCAAAGAAGCGGCCUGCUCAAAUCUACAAACCUUCUAACCCUGACACACUGGCUUAUCUUGAUUUUAGUGUGUCCACAACUGGAAUGCUAGCGGGAGUAAAGAUGUCCCAUGCAGCCACUAGUGCCUUUUGCCGUUCUAUUAAGCUGCAGUGUGAGCUUUAUCCCUCUAGAGAAGUAGCUAUCUGUUUGGACCCUUACUGUGGACUCGGGUUUGUCCUCUGGUGCCUCUGCAGUGUUUAUUCAGGGCACCAGUCUAUUCUGAUUCCUCCCUCUGAAUUGGAGACUAAUCCUGCUCUAUGGCUGCUAGCUGUGAGUCAGUAUAAAGUGAGAGACACUUUUUGUUCCUAUUCAGUCAUGGAGCUUUGUACCAAGGGACUCGGUUCACAGACUGAAUCACUGAAGGGAAGAGGACUGGACCUCUCACGUGUACGGACGUGUGUAGUCGUGGCAGAAGAACGACCCCGAAUAGCUCUCACUCAGUCAUUCUCAAAAUUAUUUAAAGACCUGGGUCUCCAUCCACGGGCUGUUAGCACAUCUUUUGGCUGUAGAGUGAACCUGGCUAUAUGUUUGCAGCCUCACAGGCUGGGGAAGCUGGCCGAGCAGGGAACAUCUGGACCAGAUCCAACCACUGUGUAUGUUGAUAUGAGGGCACUGAGACAUGACAGAGUUCGUUUAGUAGAGAGAGGAUCGCCUCAUAGUUUGCCCCUAAUGGAGUCAGGAAAAAUCCUCCCUGGUGUUCGCAUCAUUAUAGCUAAUCCUGAAACAAAGGGACCCUUAGGGGAUUCUCAUCUUGGUGAGAUAUGGGUUCACAGUGCUCAUAAUGCAAGUGGAUAUUUCACCAUAUAUGGAGAUGAAUCUCUGCAAUCAGAUCACUUUAAUUCAAGACUCAGCUUUGGAGACACACAGACUAUUUGGGCUCGGACUGGCUAUUUGGGGUUCUUGAGGAGAACAGAACUUACAGAUGCAAAUGGAGAGCGACAUGAUGCACUUUAUGUUGUGGGUGCACUAGAUGAAGCCAUGGAGUUACGAGGGAUGAGAUAUCAUCCAAUUGAUAUUGAAACAUCAGUAAUUAGAGCACACAAGAGCAUUACAGAAUGUGCGGUGUUUACCUGGACAAAUCUGUUGGUCGUCGUAGUAGAGCUGGAUGGAUCAGAGCAAGAAGCCUUGGACCUGGUUCCUUUAGUCACCAAUGUGGUCCUGGAGGAACACUAUCUGAUUGUAGGGGUCGUGGUGGUGGUGGACAUUGGUGUAAUUCCUAUCAACUCCCGUGGAGAGAAACAACGUAUGCACCUACGAGAUGGAUUUUUGGCAGACCAGCUAGAUCCCAUAUAUGUGGCCUACAACAUGUAGUCUUGUAUCUUAAGGCUUCCAUGGACUUUUACUAUAGAUGUAUAAAAUUUUUUGGUGUCCACUAAAAAUGUGCAGAUAAGAGGGUGAGACUCAUCAGAAUGGAACUGUAUCUAUUAUGACUUUUCACGAUUUGCAGGAAAUAAAAUGUGAAAUGUGUUUUCUUUUACCACUAAAUUUUAGCACAGAAGGACUUAAGGGUACUGCCCUUCAGUUUGUUGGAAAAGCCCAUUUUAGGUUCUUUUUCUUAUUGGAUGAAACUGCUUUCUGAGUAAUUGUGGCUUUGUAUUUUAUGUUGAGUAAAGCUGAAGUAGCUAAUUUUUCUAUUCUGCCCUCCAAGUGGAUUCUUUUUAACAAUUUACAUACUAUGACAAAUAAUUAUGUUCAGUUGUUUUGAUGCAUCAUAAAAAAAACUUACAAAUACAGAUCCAUUAAUAAUUUAAGCCAUUUUAGAUCCCACCAUUUUAGGAAACUAUGUAGAGGUACGAGGAAAAUGCCCAAAAUAGCACCUUCCAAUUAGAGUUCUAGCAACUUUCUGUAAGAGACGCUGAAAGCACAAAGGCCAAAAAGCCUUUGAUACUAGUGUUAGAAUGGAACAAAUUUAUAAAUAAGGUGUAUUUCGGCAAUGAACUUGCAAAUAUCUUUGUACUAAACUAAAAAGAUAAAAUAAGUUAACUACUUCUUCUGUAAUUAUGUACAAAAUGUUUAAUUUAUUUUGAUCUCUUUAGAAGUAUAAAAGAAAAAAACAUUCAAGAAUAUUAAUCUCUUGUAAUGUUUGCUAAUAUAAAAACAAAGUGUUGUAUUAUCUUGAGUGGAUAGUAUCACAUCAAAUAUAUAUAUAUGAAAUAUAAAUUCACUAAUGACAAAAAAGAUUUUAAAGUUUAAAAUGCAGUACUUGUCACUUGCAUGGUAUCUCCCACUGUAGAUAACCAAAUGUUACUCACACUUUUUUUUGAAAGAGAGAAAGCAAUCCUGGAUUGCUAAGUAUCCCUGUCUAAAAAAAAUCCUCUAGAUACCAGCAAGUGGAAUUAUUGCUGCCUUUAAGGCAGUGAAUAAAUUUAAGACUAAAAAUGCACUGUACGAUUUUUUUUGUUUGCCAUGGAGUCAACAAUAAAUAUAUGUGCUGGCAUGUGCAUACACUUGUUAGACUUUAGGAAAGGCAGGUUGAAGAAUAGCACUGUUUUGUAUCUGCAUAACUUUGUUGCACAAUUUUUUCAUCAUUUUAGUUGGUGUUUUUGUUGUGAUAAGGAAAGGUUUUGGUGGUUAUUUGCAUAGAGUUAACAAUUUGCCUCUCAGCUGGUCCACUUAGCUUGGUGGCUAAAACAUCCAGUUUACACUUACAGAAAACUAUUGGUCUUUAACUUACUCUUCAACUGAGAAUAACACACAGUCAUCAUGAUUGAUUUAGCACAAAUUGUGCUUCUGCUAACAAGUCCCUAGACCAAGUGAACUAACAGAGGAACUGAACUGCCCGUUUUAAGGAACUGAGUCCCCAGGU